AUCGUUCAUAGAUCUCCUCGAAUAAAAGAGACAACCACGAACGAAACAAGUCUCAAGCUUUCGAUCAUGGACGCAAGAGGGUCUUUUUACCUCCUCCUGCCUUUCCUAGUCCUCCUCGCAAGAGGAGCCGGCGCGGCCACACUCACCUUCAACAACAAGUGCACCUACACCGUCUGGCCCGGGACGCUGACCGGUGGGGGCGGAGGGCAGCUAUCCUCGACCGGUUUUGAGCUUGCCCCGGGCGCGUCCUUCACAAUCAAUGGCGUUCCGGACACGUGGUCUGGCCGGGUGUGGGGCAGGACGGGCUGUGCCACUGAUGCCUCCGGCAAGUUCACUUGCGCCGCUGCUGACUGUGGCUCUGGCCAGGUUAGCUGCAAUGGCGCCGGGGCGAUCCCGCCGGCCUCCCUAGCGGAGUUCACCCUCGCGGCGGCAGGCUCCGGCAAGCAGGACUUCUACGACGUCAGCCUCGUGGACGGCUUCAACCUGCCGAUCUCCGCAACCCCACAGGGCAGCGGCAGCGCGUGCAGCGCCACAAGCUGCCCAGGCAACGUGAACUCCGUGUGCCCCCCGGAGCUGGCGGUGAAGGGGUCGGACGGGAGCGUCGUGGCGUGCAAGAGCGCAUGCCUGGCUUUCAACCAGCCACAGUACUGCUGCACCGGGUCGUAUGGGUCGCCGGACACGUGCCCCCCGACGAACUACUCAAAGAUUUUCAAGGCCCAGUGCCCUCAAGCUUACAGCUACGCUUACGACGACAAGACCAGCACUUUCACUUGUGCCGGUGGGGCUGAUUUUCUCAUCACAUUCUGUCCGUGACGUUUUCUCUCUUUUCCUUUUUCCGGUGGACCAUCUUUUUUCUAAAUAAAAUUUGAGGUCCAUCGAUUGUGUUGGUUAGCCUAAAAUUACUUGUAUCCUUGUUUUUGGA